UGUGACCUGCAGGGCCUGUGGAGGAACGAGCUGGGCUCCAACAUGACCCUCUCAGCCUUGGACACAGCCGGGACAUUCUUGGGCUCCUACCACACCGCCGUGGCAGCCACCAGCAAGAAGAUUCUGGUGUCACCCCUGCAAGGAGCCCAGCAGCACGCCGGUGCCAAGGGGCAGCCCACCUUCGGCUUCACCGUGCAGUGGCAGUUCUCAGACUCAACCAUUGCCUUUGUGGGCCAGAGUUUUGUGGACCAUGCUAGGAAGGAGACCAAUCUCCUCUAG